CUUUUCCCUCUUCCUCUCUCUCUCUCUUUUUAUACAUGAAGAUUAACGAAAACUUGAUUCUUAUUGGUCAAUUAGUUGCACUUGUACCUUAUAAACCAGAGCAUGUUCCUAAAUAUCACGAAUGGAUGAAGAGUCCGUUUCUUCAAGAGAUGACAGCGUCAGAACCACUUUCAUUAGAAGAAGAAUAUGAAAUGCAACAGUCGUGGCAUCAAGAUGAUAAAAAGCUGACAUUUAUCAUAACCGCGCUUCCUACUGACAGUCCAGUUCACUUGAAAGAUAUUCCCAAAGAAGAAGUAAAGGACAAGACAGUUAUGAUUGGUGAUGUCAAUAUAUUCUUUAAUGACCCUGAUGACGAUCCAACCUUUGGAGAGAUUGAAGUCAUGAUUGCUGAAGCUGACUAUCGAAAGACAGGACGAGGAAGAGAAGCAUUAAGAAUUAUGAUGGGAUAUGCCAUGGAAGAACUAGGAGUAAAGACAUUUCAUGCCAAGAUUUCACUAAAGAACGAGCCAAGCAUUCAACUGUUUGAAUCCAAGUUUGGAUUUUACCCUGUCUCGGUAUCCGAGAUCUUUCAGGAAACAACACUGGAGUGGUCUUUAUUAGAUAAUACAACGUCCAAGGAUCACGAGCGAAUUAUUAAAGUACAACAGGAAAUAUUGAAUUUCUUUCACAACCAUGUGGAUUCUAUUACUUGGCAAUAAAAAUAACUUUACCAAAGCCCGUGGACAAGACAGUCUUGUUGUUGCUCGCUUGGGCUAAAGAAGGGUGUCUCCAUCUGUCUGAUCCACCAUUCGGGAGUGACGUACAUUGUAUGAAACGAUAGAAGAGCAGGUCGAUCCAAGAUCGUCCUGUGGUUCUUGACAUGCUUCUCAAUGACUGCCAGCAUC